AUGGUUACAACAGAACACCUACACAGAAACUGCAUCAGCUUCACCCUCACCAUUAACCUGUAUAUUCAGUGUUCAACGCUUAAUGAAAAGCUAGAUUCACUUGUACGGACUCUUAAUGAAGAGUCCUUGGCAUUAUUGACUCCCUCACCUCGAAACCUUCAUCCAGACUCUGCGCUGAAGGAAAAUGGCAAAGAAUUGAAUGAAAAAGAUGAUGUAGCAAAAAUGUUCCAAUCCAAGGAGCAACUAAUAUUGAGGGCAAAUAGCCUAAAGAAAGCUCUGAAGCAAAUUAUUGAGCAGGCGGAGAAGGUUGUGGAUGAGCAAAACAAACACACUCAAGUAUUCAACAAUCCUGCAACAUCACCAGGCCUAAAAGAGAACUCAGAAGACUUCAACAAAGAGCUUGAACACAUGGGUAAGCUAAGUACUUAUUUUACUGUGUACUUUUGUGUGUUCUAUGUGGAGAUAUAA